AUCACACUGUGAAUCCGGGUCUGGUAGGUCGGGGUCAGACCAGGACACACCCUUGCUAGUUGCCUGCAGUGGAAGCUCAGGGCAUGUCUUACCUGGCUCUUAUUUGGCUGAAGUUAAUACACCUGGGCUUUCCCUGCGUGUGUCGCUGGAAUUUGUAAUCCGUGCGACAGACAGACAGACAGACAGACAGUGAUUGUCAGUGGUGUUUUCCGUUUUCAAGCUGGAUUUCCUCGUUAAUGAAGUUGGAGGAGGUUGGUUUCACUUCGUUGUGACGCAGAUAUUUUAACGGAGGAAAAGCAGUCUGAGUGACACUUGGUGUAAGCUCUACUAUGGAUGUGGCUGAAGGGAUCAGUGAGGGAAUCCCCCCCUCCAAAAUGACUCCAGUUGGGCAACAUGACAGCUCGACCAAAGCUCAGAGCCCAGAGCAGCAGCGGGAGAGACCAGCCUCCCCCGUACCCAGCUGUGUGUCCAUGAAGAGCAACCACUCACGGGAGGAGCCUCUCACUUUUCAAAAACAAGAUUCCCCUAAAACAGAACUACAACAAGAGAUGCCAGAGGCUAACAUUGGUCAGUCUGCCCUGGAAGAUCAAACAGACAAGGACUCCGUAUUUAUGCUGCUUGAGGAGAACAUUAUCAGCUUUGUGAAGAAGGAGCUGAAGAGGACGCAGAGGGUUCUAAGCUCAGAGUGUGCAGAUGACGAGGAGAUCGACAGCAAGGAUGAAGAGGAUUUGAGGAGCAGCAGGGAGUCAUUUCUGAAAAUUGUGCUGUACUUCCUCAGGAGAAUAAAGCAGGAAGAGUUGGCUGAUGCUCUACAGAGGAAAUCUCCGGCAUUGUGCCAACGAAAACUCAAGUCUAGUUUGAAGCAGAAGUUCCAGUAUUUGUUUGAGGCGACUGCAAAAACAGGAGACACAACUCUUCUGAAUAAAAUCUACACAGACCUCUACAUCACAAAUGUGUGGCUCGUCUUGGUCUUCAGGCUGAGUGGCUGUAACCUGUCAGAGAAAAGCUGUGAAGCUCUGGCAUCAGUUCUCAGCUUCCAGUCUUCCAGUCUGAGAGAGCUGGAACUGAAUAACAACAACCUGCAGGAUUCAGGAGUGAAGCUCCUCUCAGCUGGACUAGAAAAUCCACACUGCAGACUGGAAAUUCUUAGGCUGAACCUCAACAAUCUCACAGAGAAAUGCUGCCACGACUUAUCAUCAGUUCUUGGCACCAAGUCCUCUAGUCUGAGAGACCUGGACUUGUGUUACAAUGACCUGAAGGACUCUGGAGUGGAGAGUCUCUCAGCUGGACUAAAAAGUCCACACUGUACACUGGACAAACUCAGGCUGAUAGGCUGUAAUAUAUCAGACAAAAGCCGUGAUACACUGGCUUCAGUUGUCAGCCACCAGUGCUGUACCCUGAGAGAUCUGGAUCUGAGUAACAAUGAUCUGCAGGAUUCAGGAGUGAUGCUGUUCUCUGCUGGACAGGAGAAUCCGCAUUGUAGUCUGGAAACUCUCAGGUUGAAUCAAACUAGGCUCACAGAGAAAUGCUGCCAAGAGUUCUCAUCAGUUCUCAGCUCCAAGUCCUCUAGUCUGAGAGAGCUGGACCUGAGUAACAACGACCUGCAGGAUUCAGGAGUGAAGAUGCUCUCUGUUGGACUGGCAAGUCCACACUGUCGACUCCAAACUUUCAGGUUGAAUCAAACCAACCUCACAGAGACAUGCUGCCAGGAGUUCUCGUCAGUUAUCAGCUCUCAGUCCUCCAGCCUAAGAGAGCUGGACCUGAGUAACAAUGAUCUGCAGGAUUCAGGAGUGAAGCAGCUGUCGGUUGGUCUGGGAAGUCCACACUGUAUGUUGAAAACUCUCAGGCUGAAUGGCUGUAAAGUUAUCAGAAAGAAGCUGUUGAAAGCGUCUGCAUCAGUUCUCAGCUCCCAGUCUUCAAGACUGAAAGAGCUGGCAAUGAGUAACAACGAGCUACGGGACUCAGGAGUGAAACAGCUGUCUGCUGCACUGAAGACUCCACACUGUACACUGGAAACUCUCAGGUUGAGUCAAACCAGUCUCACAGAAAAAUGCUGUCAGGAGUUCUCAGCAGUUUUAAGCGCCAAGUUGUCGAGUCUAAGAAAACUGGACUUGAGUAACAAUGACUUGCAGGAUUCUGGAGUCAAGCUGCUUUCUGCUGGACUGAGGAGUCCACACUGUAGACUGGAAUGUUUCAGGCUGUCAGGCUGUUUGAUCACAGAGGAAGGCUGUAUUUCUCUGGCCUCAGCUUUGAGCUCCAACCCCUCCCAUCUGAGACAGCUGGACCUGAGCUACAAUCAUCCAGGAGACAUGGGAGUGAAACUGCUCUCUUCUGGACUGGAGGAUCCACGCUGGAGACUGGAGACUCUCAGCGUGGAUUAUGAAUCUGUUCAGUGGUUGAAAUCUGGUCUGGGGAAGUAUACCUGUGAACUCACAUUGGACCCAAACACAGCACACAAAAACGUCCUCCUGUCUGAGAACAAGCGAAAAGUGAUGCUGUCGAUGGAGAAGCAGCCGUAUCCUGAUCACCCAGACAGAUUCGACUGGUGCUACCAGCUGCUGUGUACAACUGGUCUGACUGGCCGCUGUUACUGGGAGGUGGAGUGGGAAGGAGGAGUUGAUAUUGGAGUGACUUACAAAGGACUCAGACGGAGAGGAGCCCUUGAUGGCAGCAGGCUCGGAUGGAAUGAGAAGUCAUGGAGUCUGGAGUUCACUGAUAAGUGUUACUAUGCCUGGCACAAUAAUAUAAGAACAGCUCUACUUACUCCUCCCUCUGCCUCUAACAGAGUAGGAGUGUAUCUGGACUGGUCUGCAGGCACUCUGUCCUUCUACGCAGUUUUAUCUGACACUCUGACCCACCUGUACACCUUCUACUGCGCAUUCAUUGAACCUCUCUACCCUGGUUUUGGGUUCUUGUCGCUGGAGUCGUCAGUGUCCUUGUGUUAAAGUCCUCAUAGUGGCGUAUGGUGACGUACAGAACAAGACAUGUAAUAAAACACUCAAAUAUCAAUUUUGACUUAAUGGAGACUUUAAAAUGUAUCCUUCUGCUGUCAGAAACCCUUAUUUCAAAUGGUCUUGUGUUAACUUUUUCUGACAUUAUUCAAAUGGUUUUGAGAAGCUUUAAGAAACUGGAAACUGCAUCUCAUUUCGAUUGGUUCCUAUAAUCAUUUUUUAUUUAGUGUUUUUUUUUGUGUUCUUUUUAUUAUCUUUCACAAGAAGCCAGAUAAUAAGAUGAAUAACAGUGACAAACAAACCAGCCCAUUCCAUCCAUCAUUUUGUAUGUCAUUAUUCAGGUUUUUACGUUGUAUGUACUAUUUUUUAUGUAGUGUCAGUGUAUUUGCGCAGUAUCUAAAUACUGAAGUUCAAUCUUUGAACCAAAAGCAGCUUUGUAAGCGUAAGAUUCAAGCACUUUCAAGGUACCUUAAACCAAAACCCAGACUCUCAAAGUCCAUAUAACUACAUCUUAAUUGUUUUUUUAUAAACUUUGUACCCACAGCAAUCAGUGUAUCUUUUACGUGCUGUUAAUAUUAUCUUGAUUGUGUGUUUUAAUCAUGAGUCAGGAAUUAACAGAAGACUUUCCGAGCUAUGAGUUACGAGUGAACGCAAGAAAGAACUUUAGUUAUUUUGUAUGUACUGUGUACUUAUAUGUAUUUGUGUGUAUAUAUAGUUGUCUUGAGGAGUCAAAGUUUGUUACUUUGUAAAAGCCAAACCCAUGCACACACAGAAAAGCACACGUGUAAUCACAAGUGCUAACCUGUGUAUUAUUUUUUUAAUUAAUUCUUGUGUUCUUUUUGUAUUUAUUAUUAUUGUUGACUGCUGUCUGUAAGACAAGUUGCCCCUCAGGGACAUUAAAGCUCUACUCUCUAA